AUGGGUCAUGGUGCUAAGGUUUUGUUUACCAAGGAUUUGACGACAAUUGUUGGUGAUGGGAGCACCCAGGAUGCAGUAAAUCAACAUGUUGCACAGAUUAAAAACCUUAUAGAGGUUGCCGAGCAAGAAUAUGAAAAGAAAAAACGUAAUGAUAGAAUUGCAAAGUUUUCUGGAGGUGUUGUCGUCAUUCAGGUUAGAGCACAAACUGAGAGAGCAAAAAGAAAAGAAGUUGAGAGUAGAGGAUGCUCUCAAUGCAACAAAGGCAAUCAGGCAGCUGUUGAGGAAAGUAUUGUUGUUGUUGGUGGAUGCACCCUACUUAGGCUUGCAUCAAAAGUUGAUGCCAUCAAGGAUAGCCUUGAGAAUGGCGAAGAAAAGGGCUACAAGUUGGAGCGAGUUUUGAGUUACCCCUCGAAGUUGAUUGCCAAGAAUGCCGGUGCUAAUGGAAGUGUUGUUAAUGAGAGGUACUUAACUAAAUUAGUUCUUCCCAAUGAUAACCCUGAAUUUGGAUACAAUGUUGCAAUGGGAGAAUACGAGGAUUUGAUGGUUGCCAGAAUAAUUGAUCCGACCAAGACAUCAUUAGGCAUAUUGUUUUUAGACUACUCUUUAGAUGAUCUAGACUCUACUCUAUUUGAUGAUAUUGUAGUCAUGUUGCUUGGAACACGCAACUUCGGUGGCGAAAACAAUCUUGGUGUCAACUGUGUAGUGGUAGAGAUCAUAGAGCAUGAACUUGUUCCUACUGGCAACCCCAUGGGCAAUUCAGGAAACAAAGUUUUCUGA